AAAUAUAUCAAAUACUACCACAAAUUGUGAUUGGCAUUAUUGAAUUUGUAACUUUUUUUAGAUUAUUUGUUAAAGAAAAAACUCCAAUUUCCCGUCUAUAUGUUUAACAUCAAAUGUAUAUUCCACUAUCCAAAACUACUCAAGCGAAGCCACAAAUUCAUAGAUAUUGCAUAGAAAGGCAACCAACAAAAUCGCUCCAUUGGUUGGUGUUUAUUUUAGUGGAGAACAAAGUACAUAAAAAUAAAGCAAGCAUAGAAAACCACAAUAAUUCAUUAUAAAGUCAUCGAUCGAAGCAAAAAAGCGGCAUCAAAGUGCUACACACCACAAUAACUAGUGCUCGCAAUAACCACAUACGCGCGGUAACAAUUGCAAAUACAACAACGAAAUAUGAAAUGGGCAUUUUUUAUACCGCAUUGCAACAAUCUAAUGGUUCAGUGUAAACGAAUAUAUUAUAACAACUUUUUUUAAAAAAUUUAGCAAUCGUCAUAUGAAAAGAGGGGAUUCAAUUCAAAUUCAAAUUGUAAAUAUUAUUAAUUUAAUUUUUGUGGUGGUGGAGUUGAAGAACGCGGUACUUCUUUAAUCAAGGCCAAUGUUUUUUAUGUUGAAUCGAAGAUUGUAAGAAUAUCCACAAUAUCCAUUUUCAAAACUAACUGACUCUGCAAUCCACAAGUAAAUUGUCUCAAGAAUUCCCUGAAAACAAAUCGUGGCUGACACAGCAACAAAGUUAUCUACACCAAUUGAUGCGAUGCCUUCUGCUGUAGGUGGUGCCGGUGGACAUGGGUCGGGUGGUCAUAAUUCCAAUAUACCCAGCAACGAGGAAUGCGGCAUACGGGAUGUUUGGAAACAUAAUCUAGAGGAGGAAUUUCGUACCAUACGCAAAGUGGUGCAAAAGUAUCACUAUGUUGCCAUGGACACGGAAUUUCCCGGUGUGGUAGCACGUCCAGUGGGUGAAUUUCGUUCAACCUCAGACUACCACUAUCAAUUAUUGCGCUGUAAUGUUGAUUUGCUGCGCAUCAUACAAUUGGGAUUGACAUUUAUGGAUGAUGAGGGCAAAACACCACCUGGCUAUAGUACAUGGCAAUUUAAUUUCAAAUUUAAUUUGAGCGAGGAUAUGUAUGCCCAGGAUUCCAUAGAUCUAUUGCAAAAUUCGGGCAUACAAUUUAAAAAGCAUGAGGAGGAUGGCAUCGAUCCUUUGGAUUUCGCCGAACUCUUAAUGUCUUCGGGCAUAGUUUUGGUUGACAACAUCAAAUGGCUAUGUUUCCAUUCGGGCUAUGAUUUUGGCUAUUUACUGAAAUUGUUAACAGAUCAAAAUCUACCCGCAGAUGAAAGUGAAUUUUUCGAUUUGCUACACAUUUACUUUCCCAACAUCUAUGACAUUAAGUAUUUGAUGAAAUCAUGUAAAAAUCUCAAAGGUGGCCUCCAAGAGGUGGCCGAUCAACUGGAAUUACGUCGUGUGGGACCACAACAUCAGGCCGGUUCCGAUGCUCUGCUCACGGGAAUGGCAUUCUUUAAAAUGCGUGAGAUGUUCUUUGAGGAUAAUAUUGACAAUGCCAAAUACUGUGGACAUUUGUAUGGUUUGGGAACCUCGUUCAUAGUCAAUGGCGCUAAUUUCCACGAAAGUAAUGGCGAAAACACCAAUGCGACGUGAUUCAUAAUUGAGGAGAAAACGCAAAAUAUUUUUGCAAUUAAUACAAAAUAAGCCGCGGAUGGAAGAGGAAAAAUAAAAGAACAAAUUCUUUUACAAAAAAA